AAUUAAUGAUUAUUCAAAUCAGAUGAACCAAUAUAUUUGAAUAUUUUCUCCAUAAAAGUUUGUUAAGAGCAGAUUUGGAGACAGAGAUAGGGAUAUUCUGUUAAAGAACGUUAUCUAAGGACACAAUGGACAAAGAGCGGAGAUCAUAAAGUGAUUGGAGGAGAAGAUUUCAAGUGUGUGACGGAGAAUUGGCAAAUAGUGUUGACAAGUUUCAAGGUUAUCCCUCCAGACACUUCACAGUUUUACGGGAGGUUAAGUUGAUAUGCAUUAGCAGCGACAGAAAUCAUCAAACUGCCUACCUAUCUAAGAUUGGAAAUCAAUAAUUAUCUACUCGUUACUUACAUUGUUUGGGGGUGUAAUGAGUAUAUUCCAAUUUCUAUCGAGUCAAGUCUACGGAUUGUGAAGAGAAGACACUAUGUCAACACGACAUGUCAAAGAGUAUGUGAAGAGGGUAGCUUCUAUUGACCAGGAACAGUACCCCGCCUGGGACCUUAACAGACCGCUUCCAAAAUUACCAGUGCCAGAUUUACAGAAAACUCUGGUAAAGUAUGAAGAUAUACUGCAACCUAUUAUCAGCAUCUCACAGCUCAAGAAAGUGAAGGAAAUUGUUCGUGAUUUCGGCAAGAAAGGCGGACAAGGCGAACAGCUCCAGGAGUUAUUACUAUUGUAUGCAGAAACCAAGGAAAAUUGGGCAUACAGCUGGUGGUUAGAAGAUAUGUACAUGAAAAUAAGAUUACCUUUGCCUAUCAACUCUAACCCCGGCAUGGUCUUCCCUAAACAGAGUUUUCCUGAUCGGAGAGCACAGUUACGAUACGCUGCGAGAUUGAUAUCUGGGAUACUAGAUUACAAGAUUAUCAUUGACGCUCGUGGAUUGCCAGUGGACAGAGCACGCCACAAUAAGAAAGGCCAGCCACUGUGUAUGGAGCAAUAUUACAGACUGUUUACGUCCUACAGGGUUCCGGGGAUAAAAAAGGACUCGCUGACUUCAAACAAUAGUCAGUUGCUCCCGGAUCCGGAACAUAUAAUUGUCAUCUGUAAAAAUCAGUAUUUUGUUCUGGAUGUUGUCAUCAACUUCACACGUUUAAGCGAAGAAGACCUCUUCACACAGCUGAGUCGGAUAUAUAAAAUGGCAGAGGAAAAUAAAGAGACUGUAGAUCGUGUCGGGAUUCUAUCGGCAGCCUACAGGGAUCGCUGGGCCUUAUCGAGGGGCAAACUUAUGGAAGAAUCGACCAAUCGAGAUUCUCUGGAUGCAAUAGAACGUUCUAUAUUUGUUUUGUGUUUGGAUACGGCUGUUCCAGUUACACUAAAUCACCGGAACAGCAUUGACGAAACUCAGAAUAAAAUUCGGGAUGAUGUUUCACUUGCCAACCAAAUGUUACAUGGACUGGGGACAAAUCUGAACAGUGCUAAUCGCUGGUACGACAAAACUAUGCAAUUCAUCAUCUCGGAGGACGGGGCAUGUGGGCUGAACUAUGAACACUCGCCAUCAGAGGGCAUAGCUGUCGUUCAACUUAUAGAACACCUCCUUAAAUACAUGGAGGAAGUCCGAAAGAAAUUGGUGCGAAUGCAGUCUAUAUGUGAAUUGCCACAGCCUCGCCGUCUCCAGUGGAAAAUAAAUAGAGACAUCGAGAUGGACAUUCAGGAGGCGGCGGAAAACAUGCAUAGAUUGAUAGACGAUCUGGACUUGUAUAUCCUUAGGUUUGAGAGAUAUGGGAGAGAAUUUCCUAAAUCACAGAACAUGAGCCCGGAUUCAUUCAUACAAUUAGCCCUGCAGCUGACUUACUACAAAAUCCAUGGAAAAUUUGUUUCUACAUAUGAAAGUGCGUCUGUCAGAAGAUUUCGUUUGGGAAGAGUUGACAAUAUCAGAGCGAAUACCCCUGCAGCCUUGGAAUGGGUCAAAGCUAUGACGGGGGAAACUGAAACCACAGAUACGGAAAAGAUGGUGCUUCUUCGAAAGGCAAUGCAAUGUCAAACGGACAUCAUGACAAAGACUAUUUUAGGUCAUGGGAUGGACUGCCACUUACUAGGCCUGAGAGAAAUCGCAAAUGAACACGGACUGCCGAUGCCCGAAAUAUUUGAACACGAGAGUUAUGGAAUAGCCAACCACUUCUCAUUGUCUACAAGUCAGGUUCCUACCACGAUGGACGCCUUCAUGUGCUACGGUCCAGUUGUCCCGGAUGGAUACGGUGUCUGUUACAAUCCACACCCCAACUGGAUCCAAGUGUGCGUCACCUCCUUCAAAAGACACCAUGAUACAAAUUCUGACCACUUCGCUUUCACUCUGGAAAGCAGCUUUCUUCAAAUGCAGGAACUUUGUCUAAAAGCGUGCGAACCACCUCCAGUUUGUAAUGGAGAUAAAUCACACGGUGAACACAGAAACGGAACGGCUACUGCAGAAACCAACACGUCUCCUCGUAAAUCUAGGCUAGUGAGACAGAGAACGGUAUCACACGCGGAGGCCAAUGGAAGAUGAUUACACGUAGAUACAAUUUAAAAAUCUUUUUGUCAUGUCUCUCCAGGGCCAAUUUAUUUGAGUGCUAUCAUUUAAUGCAAUUACAAAAUGAAUACUACAUACUAUACGAACACGCAUAGAGAUAUUGGGAAGAGGAACAAGCCAUGUAAUAUGUGAAUAAAUUGUUGACUAGUAUCACGCAUAUCGGUGAACAUGUCUUUAAGGUAAAUAACCUAGUGCAGUAUGUUUAUUCUCUGAAAUUUAGUAAAAUACAUGAAUUUCCCCUUACACUUAGGAAAUAUUUGUAAUCCCUGAAAUCUGCGAGUAAAUACAUAUAAUCACUA